AUGGCGAUCCAAAACAACAAGCGAUUUCCGCAGGAUGCUGAGUCAUCUCAACCCAAAAAACCAAGGACGGGCGGUGAGGGAAGUUCAACCUCAGUCCCUGCUUCAACACCGAGACCUGCUCCUACGUUUACGUCUGCGUUGAAAGAGGAAGAAACUGAUUUCCCUCGUGGAGGAGGAUCUAGUUUGACUCCAUUGGAACUCAAGCAGACCAGAGCCGAAGGAAGGAGAGAAGCUGAAGAAGAAGCGAAAGCAGAGGCCGCUUCUCAAGGUAAUCAGCGGAAAAAGAACAUGAGUGAGAGGCAGAUCAAAAGAUUGAAGAAGAAUGAAGUGAGAACGAAAUCCAAGACUGAUGAGGAUACAAUCCGAGUCGAGAUCUUGAAUUACAAAAGACUUGUGCCGGGUACUCAUGUUCUCGCUCGAGUACAUACUAUCCUUCCACUUCAUCUCAUCUUAUCCCUUCCCAACAACUUACUCGCCCACGUGCCCAUCACCGAAAUCUCUACCACACUUACCAACCUUCUCACAGCGGAAGAAGCCAUGUCUGUAGAUUCAAAUAAAGAAGAAGAGGACGAGGAGGAGGGAUCGGAUUCAGAUUCUUCCGCACCUGAUUUAUCACAGCUUUUCUACCCAGGCCAAUACUUCCCAGCUAAAGUAGUCAACUUAUAUCCUACUGCAAGUCAAUCUUUCGUAUCUCAAUAUCCAAUGACCGAAACUACAAGAUUAGCAGCUAGAGUUGAAGUUACUCUCGUGCCCGAGAAAGUAGCAAAUGAAGUAUCUAAAAAAGAUAUAGAAAAAGGUUAUUUCUUAGUUGGAGAAGUCAAGAGUGAAGAAGAUAAAGGUUAUACUGUUGGUAUCGGUUCGAAUCCAGACGAAGGAUCUGCGCUGGAUGGUUGGAUCAGUAAAGAAGAGGUCGAAAAGCAUGUACCUUCCAAAUCACUGAUACCCGGUCAACUUCUACCUGCGACUGUAUCUUCUCUCACUGCCGGAGGAAGGGUUGUUCAACUUUCUCUCGAUCCCCUCGAGCUCACUCGAAGUACAAUAAGCGAAGUUUCAACAGUUGGCUCGUUAACUCCCGGUCAUCUGAUAACGGCUCUUAUUACCGCUGUCGUACCUUCAGGAUUAAAUGUGAAGGUCGGUGGAUUCUACGAUGGUACUAUAGAUCUAGCGCAUUUGCCAUUAGGAGAUGACGAUAUAGAGGAGAAGUACAAGAUUGGUAAAAAGGUUCGUGCUAGAGUGAUAUACGAUAACCUUGCUACCACACCGGCAACAUUCGCUCUUUCUGCUCUUCCCCACGUUGUCGGUUUGACAAGUCCCAAAAAGGAGGGCGAGGACGUACCAUUGGAACAUGCUAUCACUAUCGGCAAGAUGUAUCAGAGCGUGAAAGUAGUCAGAGUCAUUCCGGACUGGGGUGUACUCUGUAGAACAAGUGAUGGUUUGGAUGGGUUCUGUCAUAUCAGUCACCUUUCCGAUGAACGUGUAUCCAUACUAUCAACCGGUACCGGUCAAUACAAAGCUGGUACACUCCAUAGAGCAAGAGUGAUAGGACACUCACCAUUGGAUGGUGUGCUAUUACUCUCUUUCGAACAAAAGGUCCUUGACCAGACUUUCAUGCAAGUUGGCGAACUCAAGAUAGGUCAAGUGCUCAAGGGUACUGUUCACCGACUAUCUGAAAGAAUGCUUUUCAUAUCCCUGUCCGGUUCAGUAGAUGGUAUUGUCUUCCCAACCCAUUACGCCGAUAUCAAACUCAAACAUCCCGAGAAGAGAUUCAAAGUAGGAUCGAAUGUUAGGGCUCGUGUUUUCGCCAUAGAAGAAGCUCGAAAUAGAGUAGUGUUGACGCUGAAAAAGACUUUGGUAGAGUCGACAGAUGCUAUACCCCAAGGAUUUGGAGAUGUCAAAAUUGGUCAAGUCACACCUGGUGUCAUCGUCAAGAUCAUGGAGAAAGGAUGCAUCGUUGAUUUAUUCGGAAGCAUCAAGACCUUUAUGCCUCUAUCAGAGUCAAGUCCAACUUUCGUCAAAAACCUCAAUGACCUAUUCUACGUCGGUAAAUCAGUCACAGUGCGGGUACUUGAUGUCCAGCCCGAAAACGAACGAAUCGUAGUAUCAGCCAAACAAGCUUCGCCUAAUGCUAUAACGACUGCAGCUGAAAAAUUACAAGUAGGCGACGCAGUUUCAGGAACUGUCUCGGCAAUUCACGAAGAACAGGUCGUCGUCAAGCUCAACGAAUCAGGCCUUACCUCGUUAUUAUCUUUGAGUAACUUAUCAAAUCAACGACACAUGGGAAUUGACGAAUUACGAUCUACAUUGAAGACAGGUGAUACGAUUGAUGAUUUAGUUGUGGUUUCUAAGAACCCUGUUUCAGGAUUGAUUAUUGUCAACAUCAAAAAAGUUAAUACUGCUCCCACCAAGACAAAGACUAAGAAAGAGAAGAAGGAAGAAGUCGCUUCAGGAAUUUCAAGGAAUGUUAAAGCUAUUGAUGAAAUUCAAAUUGGACAAAUCCUCACUGGAACUGUCAUUGAACACACUGAAAGAGGGACAAUGGUUCAGUUACCGAAUCGACUACGAGGUAGAAUACAUCCUCUCGAUGCUGUAGAUGACCUUUCAUCACUUGUAGACGGUCACGGACCUUUUGCUGUCGAUCAAGAGAUCAAGGUUUACGUGUUAGGAAUCAAUAAGCAAAAGAAAGCUAUAGACCUUUCUUCAAGACCUUCUCGAACUACUCCUGGAAGUCAAGUUCAAGAUAAGGAACUUGUCAAUGUAAAAGGUCUCAAAGAAGGUCAAAGUGUAAGAGGGUUAGUGAAAAACAUAGCUAGUCAUGGUGUCUUCGUCAGUCUUGGAAGAGAAGUUACUGCCAGAGUAAUGAUCAAAGAGUUAUUCGAUGAGUUCGUUAAAGAUUGGGAAUCUCGUUUCGAGGUAAACCAGCUCGUCAUUGGUAAAAUCAUCAGUGCCGACGAGAAGAAGAACUCUGUCGAAAUGACUUUCCGUAAAUUCCCUGCUAAAUCGACCAAAAAAGAAGUCAAGUUAGGUCUGAGCGAUUUCGAAGAAGGUCAAAAAGUCGUCGCAGAAGUCAAGAAGGUCGAAGCCUAUGGUAUCUUCUUGAGAAUAGAAGGGAGUGACGUCUCUGGAUUAUGUCAUAAAUCAGAGAUAUCCGAUAACAAGAAACAAGAUGUUUCUCAAGCUCUGAAAUCAUUCAGAGAAGGUGAUCAAGUCAAAGCUAAAAUCUUGAGCAUCGAUCAAGAGAAGAGGAAAAUCAACUUCGGUAUAAAAGCUAGUUACUUUGGCGAAGAGUUCGGUGAAGCUCAAGAUGAAGAUGAAGAUGAGGAUGAAGAGAUGGAUGGUGAAGCUGAAGCUGAAGAGGAGGAUCAGGAAGAAGAUGAAGAUGAGGAUGAGGAUGAUGAGAAUGUUAUCAUGAUGGGCAGUGAUGACGAUGAAGACGUCGAAGAUGACGACGAUCAAGAAGAAGAAGAAGAAGAGGAAGAUGAGGAAGAUGAGGAGGAGGAAGUCGACGAAGAUGAGCAAAGUGAAGAAAGCGAUGGCGAAGUUACCGAAGCUCCAAUCCCAACACCCUCUGCCAAAAAGUCAGUCAACUCUACUUCAACUUCCGGUCUCGCUGUAGCAGGAGGAUUUGAUUGGACUGGAGAAGCCUCUAAAUCCGAUGACUCAUCAUCCGAAUCCGACUCUGAUGAAGAGACUGAAGUUCCAGCAAUAUCAGCCAAAUCAAAAGGGAAAUCAAAACUUGAAGAUCUAACGUCUACCGCACCUGACGCUCGACCUGAAUCGUCAUCAGAAUUCGAACGUGCUUUAUUAGCUUCACCUAAUUCUUCCUACCUAUGGAUACAAUUCAUGUCAUUCCACUUGCAGUUACAUGAAAUUGAGAAAGCUAGAAAAAUAGGUAGAUCAGCUUUGGAGACAAUCAAUUAUCGUGAAGAGGAAGAGAAAUUAAAUGUCUGGAUGGCUUUGGUCAAUCUUGAACUGAGUUUUGGUACACUUGAUACAACAGAUAAAAUAUUCAAAGAGGCUGCUCAAUAUAAUGAUGCUAGAUCAGUUCAUAUAAGAUAUGCUGAAGCUUUACAAGCUUCUGGUAAAGAUGAGCUCGUCGAAGAGAUCUUCAAGAAGAUAGUCAAAAAGUUCUCUCAAUAUCCGGAUUCUUGGACUAGAUUCGCUGAAUUUUACCUCAAGAAAGGAGAUGCAGAAUCUGCUAGAUCAUUAUUACCCAGAGCGAUGAAAUCUCUUGAUAAACCAAAACACGUCGAGACAAUCGAGAAGAUGUCACUAUUGGAAUUCAAAUAUGGUGAUCACGAGAGAGGCAAAACGCUGUUUGAAGGAUUAGUAGAUCGUUUCCCCAAGAGAUUAGAUUUAUGGGGAGUAUACAUUGAUCAACUAGCCAAAAUUGAUGAUAUACAAGGUGUAAGAGGAUUAGUGGACAGAGCCUUAAAUCAAAAGUUGACAAGUAAAAAAGCAAAAUUCUUGUUUAAAAAGCUUUUGACUAUUGAACAGAGAAUAGGUGAUGAGAAAGGCCAAGAGAAAGCAAAGGAAAGAGCUAAAGCAUGGGUCAUGGAAAAUACCAAGACGGAAGAAGAGGGAGAGAGCGAUGAGGAAGAGGAGUAG